CUUGUUCCCCAAGUGGUGGGAAUUGCCUUCUACCUCAAGAUCUAAAAACCGAUUAUUGUUUUUUCCUUUUCCUUUUUUUUUCUUUUUAAUUUCAUUUCAUUUCAUUUCCUUUUUUCUUCUUCUUCGCCGUCUAGGUUUUAACAAACAAAAAAUCACACAAACAAAAAAACAUUAUAAACUAAAUCAAAAAAACAAAAAAAAAAUCCUUUGUGACAAUAUGGGUGCUUCUUCUUGCUAUUCUAAGCUGCUCACCACCUGCGCACGUUAGCAAACAUUACCUCAAUAAAAUUAGUUUUUAUUUUUGCAUCGUCAUGUCAAGAUGAAGGUAAAUGCCUACAAAUAAGUGAAAGAAGCCAAUUUGUUUGGAUAUGAACGAGCAGCACCCUAAGCAAUGUGGCGUGUUCACAUCAGAGUCCAAUUGCCAGGUCACAUAAAAGAACAGAAACAAGUGGAGCGUAUGAAGUUACUUUAAUACCAAAAAUCUCCACCACUCUGCCCAAAAAAAAUGGUAAUGUAGAAACGGAAAGGUUGGAAAUGAAUGAGCAAAAUUGUAUUAUUCAAUACAUCAAAUCUCUUGUUCUGGAACUCUUCCUUUCUUCUCUUGAAACCUAGAUUCUUUAGAAUUGGUAGUAUUAAAAGAAUUGCACAAUCCCUUGAAAAAAGUCAGAGAAAUGCUUAUUCAGGAGAAAAACAUGGAUUGCUUUUUAGGGUCGGUAUAUGUAUUUCAAAGUACAGAUAUUAUGGGCAAUACACAUCUUCUACUAGAGGAUGUGCUUCAUUUACUGGGUACAGAGUACAAAACGGAAUGUACAACAAUUUUCACAAGAUACAGCCAGCCACUUCGUCAAACAAUUCUAUAGAACAUCAUGCCCGACUUGCUUGGAGGAGGUUCUUACUGACUUCUCCGUGCAGGGGAAGAACUUUUAUGCCACUAAGUAGAAUUGCUCAAGCAGUUAGUUUGGCUUUAUGCCGCUCUGCGGUUCUUGUUCCUGGUAUUUUUGCCCUAAGAUAUGGAAAGAAUGUAGCAGUGGCAGAGGCAGAGGCCCUGCCGGUUGUGGACCUUUCCUCGCCAAGGAAUACAUUUUAUCUACGUGCACAAGAUAGUCAUGCUGUAUUUACGCGACUAAUCUUUUCAGCAUUUGAAGGUGUUGUUCUUUUGGUGAGAGCUUUUUGUUUAGCAAUCCUGUUUUCGCCGAGCAUUGCAAUGGCUCCGUUCGCGGAAGUUCUGGGUCCCAGGUACAGGAAAAUAUGGCUUCAAGUUGUUCACCGGACUCUCGAAAGAGCAGGUCCAGCAUUUAUAAAAUGGGGCCAAUGGGCGGCUACACGGCCGGAUCUUUUCCCAAAAGACUUGUGUGCUGAGCUGACAAAGCUUCAUUCAAAAGCUCCUGAACAUAACUUCGCCUACACAAAAAAAGCUGUCGAAAAAGCUUUUGGUCGCAAGCUUUCCGAGAUUUUUGACGAUUUUGAGCAGACCCCUGUAGCAUCUGGAAGUAUAGCUCAAGUGCAUCGUGCUACCUUGAGGUCUAGAUACACUGGUCGAGUGAUCAAGCCCAUGAAAGUGGCAGUGAAGGUUAGACACCCUGGAGUUGGUGAAUCAAUUAAAAGAGAUUUUGAGAUUAUCAAUGUGGCUGCAAAAUUAUCAGGGUUCAUUCCAUCACUUCAGUGGCUUAGAUUGGAUGAAAGUGUCCAGCAAUUUGCCGUCUUUAUGAUGUCACAAGUUGACCUAGCUAGAGAAGCUGCCCAUCUAAGUCGUUUUAUUUAUAAUUUUCGAAGAUGGAAAAAUGUCUCUUUCCCUAAGCCUGUUUAUCCAUUAGUACAUCCUGCCGUGCUGGUGGAAACUUUUGAGGAAGGGGAAAGUGUCGCCCACUAUGUUGAUGAACUUCAGGGUCAUGCGCGACUUAAGAGUGCUCUUGCUCAUAUUGGAACUCAUGCACUUCUCAAGAUGCUUCUGGUUGACAACUUCAUGCAUGCAGACAUGCAUCCAGGAAAUAUUCUUGUCCGUGUAUCACAGCACAAGUCCUCUCAGAAACGUAUAUUCAAGUCAAAGCCCCAUGUGAUUUUCCUUGAUGUAGGCAUGACUGCUGAACUUUCACAGAACGAUAAGUUGAAUUUGCUUGAAUUCUUUAAGGCUGUCGCUCGUCGAGAUGGUUCCACUGCAGCUCGGUGUACCUUAAAUCUAUCAAAGAAGCAGAAUUGCCCUAAUCCAGAUGCCUUCAUUAAGGAAGUGAAAGAGUCAUUUGAUUUUUGGGGGACACCGGAAGGAGACUUCGUCCAUCCUGCAGACUGCAUGACACAACUACUUGAACAAGUGAGGCGUCACAGAGUGAACAUUGAUGGCAACGUGUGCACAGCGAUGGUUACAACUUUAGUCCUGGAGGGCUGGCAACGGAAACUUGAUCCUGAUUAUAAUAUAAUGCGCACACUACAGACGUUGCUUCUCAAAGCCGACUGGGCAAAAGAUCUUUCCUACACAAUUGAACAGGUCAUGGCUCCAUGAAACUUCCUUCAUGUUACUGCAAACGAAUCGUCUCAUGAAUCCUGAUAUACAACACACAAAUGUAUAUUUUAGCCCCAAUAGACCAAAAUCAUGUCUAGUUUUACAUUUUAACCAUUUAGCUGGCCACAUAUCCGCCUCGGAAGAUUUUGUUAGGGAAACAUCUUAUAUAUAUAUAUAUCGAUCACGAAUAAUACUGACCUCCGGAGUUUGACACUCGCGGCAACAAUUGCAAAAGGAAGUGUAAUAACUUCCUAAGUUAAUUCAUUGAUUUUUCUUUUUUAGUUUUAGUUUUUUUGAAGGGAAAAGAUAGACAAAGACAUUAGAGUUUUGUUCUCAUCUCUACAGUUUUCCUCUCAAUGUAUGUAAUUUUGCCAGUUUUUGUUGUGCUUUAUUUUUCUAUAUUAGAAGGGAAAGAGCAAUUUUGUGUGAAGCUGUUAUUGUUGGUUGCUAUUGUUAAGCUGUUGAAAGAACAAAACUUAUAUAUAUAGGCAGCAUAUUUGUCAUC